AAAAAAACAAGUUUGAAGAGAAAUUAUUGUUUUUAUUAUAACAAAACAUUGUGCCCAAUAAUUUGCAAAUAAUUGUGACGACCAAUAAUAAAAGAGAAUAGUUCAAUGUUGGUGUACCUAUCUCGUUUACACAUAUGUACAGAACGAUUUUCCAUCGAAUGCUUGUAAAGAAAAAAAAAUUUGUUGCUGUUUACUUAUCAAUAAUCUAUUAUAAUUCCAAUUAAAUUAUAUUUUUUACAAAAUUAUAUUUAAAAUCAAAAAUAAAUUGUGAGACAAAUUCUUUAUUCAAAUAAGUUUCAAAAUAAUGAACGUUGCUUUAAACUCCGUCGUUGCAUCUGCUCCGUCUUCAACGCGAACAGUCACAACAACAACAAAAACAACAAAACCAGGAGAUUUGCAAAAUCAAAAUGCAAUUUCAUCUAAUAAUGGUCUCGCUCUCUUGGCAGCAAUUACGCUUAAGAAUGCUUUAAAUAUCAAUAGUAACAAUUCUACUAAUAGUAAGGCAGUUUUACUUAGGCAAGAACAGCACGUUUCAAGUGGUUUUGCGAAUAAACAGACAAGUAUAUAUUCUUUUAGUGCUACCGGAAUAACGUGUGAGAAUAUUGAAAAUAUAUCCUCCUCCAGCGAUGGGUUGCUGGCAACUAAAGCGUCAAUUUUUCACGUCUCUAGUUCAAGUGAAGCCACUUCAAGUAACAUCACGAACAACAAGUAUGAUACGAACAGAGAAGUAAGUCCAAUAGUAGUUGAUGCUGCAGUUAUAUCAACAACUCCACCAGCGACUCCGUCGUCAGUAACAACAACAAACUUCAAUUCAUCAUUAACAACGAAUUCAAAUUCAACAACUGUUACUCCGAUAACAAAGUCUAAUUUAAAAACGCCAACCACAAAUAACACCAAUGGCAACACCAACAACAACAACAACAGCAACAACAAACAUUUCAAAAUUCCGUCCGAUAUACUUGACGAUUUAUCCAGUCGUUUUAUUAUAAACGUCCCUGAUAUGGAACUAAAUGAUUUAAUAAGAAUUUGCUUUCAAAUCGAAUUGGCUCACUGGUUCUAUUUGGAUUUCUUUUGCACAUCGGAUGAUAACAGAAAGUUGCAAUCUUGUGGUAUAAAGACAUUUGCUAUGCAAUUGUUUCAGCAUAUUCCAUUUCUAAAUACACAUUUAUCGUCGAUCGAUAAAGUUUUAGAAGAUUGGAAAAACUAUAAAUUAUCAGUGCCUACAUAUGGCGCCAUACUGAUAUCAGAGGAUCUCAAUUACUGCCUAUUAGUGCAGUCUUAUUUUGCAAAAAGUUCAUGGGGUUUUCCGAAAGGAAAGGUCAAUGAGAACGAAGAUCCAGUGCAUUGCGCCACAAGAGAGGUGUAUGAAGAAACGGGUUACGAUAUAACUAACAUAAUUGUACCAAGUGAUUUUAUUGAUGCUGUUAUAAAUUUUCAAUAUACACGCUUAUAUAUUGUACAAAAUGUACCCCUAAAAACAAAGUUCUCACCACGAACACGCAAUGAGAUUAAAUGCUGUGAUUGGUUCCCAAUCGACGCAUUGCCUAACAAUAAAAAUGAUGCCAUAUCAAAAGCCAAAUUGGGUAAAAACUCAAAUGCAUUUUUUAUGAUAAUACCAUUUGUGAAACGUUUAAAGAAGUGGGUUAAUGAAAAGCGAGCACUCAGUACAGAAACGAAUUGUCAACUCUUAAAUACUUUUUCAACAACAAAUUCCAUUCCACAACAGACUGGAAAAAUAUCACCAAAAUCCACUUCACCGGUGAAUAUUUUACAUACCAAAACAACAGCAAAUAAUGCUAGCAUUAAUAAUCAAAGGCUUCAAAAUUCAAGUAAUAAUUCAAGUAAUAAAAAGAAUAAACUGCAGCAACAAAAUAAUAUUAUUGAUGAUAAAAAUGCACUAAGGAAUUGUGAUAUAGUGGCAAUGUGUAAUACAGCUUCUAAGGUUACACUAUCAACUUCAGUUCCCACAACUUCGUCAACAAGACAGUCAGGAAGACAACGCCAUAAAUCAAUGGGUGAUUUAGAUGGUGUAAGAGUAACUAAUUUAAGCAAUUAUAAUCAGAAUCCAUCUAAUAGUGCAAAGUUAAGAGCUAAUCCAAACAGUGAUUUAAAUUCUCACGCUAAUGGUAGCAAUCAGAAACGUAAUAUGGGGAAGAAUGGUAAUACUUUUAAUGGCAGUUUUAAUGUGUCUCACGGCAAUGGAUCAAGUAAACGUCAAUUGUUUCACAGUCAAAGUCAGACUGGAAAUGGUAAUAUUGCACACCAAAACGAAAAGAUUGUCAGUUCGUUUGAUUUAAUACGUAAGGAAAAGCAGCAACAACAGUUAAAAAAUUCAGCACAAAAUGAAAAUACUGCAAAAGCACAAAGACAAACUGCGGAAAAAGUAAACAAAACGAACGUAUCUGGGGGAAAUGGGCGUGUACGUGCAAAAUCACAAGGGGACAAAAUGAAUUUAACCCCACAACAAUAUAGAGAGCCUAAAAAUAAUGCUAACAACAAUGAUAUAGUUAGCAAUAAUACCAGCUACAAUAUCAAUCCAUAUCAAAAAUCGCGCAUGCAAAGACAAAACUCAAUGUCUGCAACUAAUUCAAGUGGAAUCAACAAUAAUAUUAACACAAAUACUACUACUAUACAUAAUAAAAUCCAUACUGCAACAAUUAUUGGUAGCAAUUCUCAUAAUAUAAAUAAUAUGAAUAAUAGUGACCCAAAUGUUAAGACCAAUGGUCUGAAUACAAAUAAAAACAAUAAUAAUAAUAAUAAUGACUCGAUUAUUAAAGCCAAUAGUCAUAUAACUCCACCAACAAUACCUGGCACUGAUUUAGUUGCCUUAGCUUCUUCAGUUUCCAAUAGUACAAUGACAGCUUCUCAACCAAAACAACAACAAAAAACUGAAGUGAAUAUUCAAAAUAAUUUCGAAGCUGUAACAAAGCCUUUAAAAACAAAUGUACAAAAGCCACGUCCAUCAUCUGUUUCAUUGCAAUAUGACAAAAUGCCAACAUCAGAUGGUAUGCACCAACUGCAACGCAUGGCUUCAGGCACUGGCUUACGUAUAUUGAAACGUGCCAACUCUUAUCAACCUUCACAGUUGCAACGGCAACAUUCACCAUUUAAUCCAAGCUUAAACUCUUGGACCAACUUCUCAUUUACCAAAAAUUUUAUAUCAAACGUUUUUUGUUAAAAAGUAAAAAUAUUCUUUGUAUUUUUGAAACUUUUUAAAU